UCCGUUUAAAGGCGCUGCAGACUGCUGACAGGUCGUGCAAUGCAUAGAGGAAGGCGCUGGCCGUGCGGUGCAAAUUUUCCCCUGCAUAGCCAGCGCCCGCAAGUAUUGGCUCCUCUCCCCUAUCACCGUUUGAAAAAGGGAAAAGGAAAAAGCCGUAAGGAGGGGUUAUGCGUUGAAGGACGAGUACGUCCGCAGCAGGGCGUUGGCAUGCGAGUGGCAUGGGAUGGAAGGGUGCAAAUAAUCCUCUUUUUCUAUCGAACUGUCCGAAAAUUUCGAACGUUGAGGUUCUUUCCCAAUCCUUCUGUUGGUCUUUACAGGCCAUCAGAAUUUCAAAAAGCAUUUUGGUGGGAAUCCGGCAAGGUCAAAAGGGUACAAGACAGAGCAAUGGUGGCCACUUUCCAGCAGGGCUAAACAUUUUAAAUUCGUUUACAGAGCACGAUAUGAAGCUUCUGCAAGCGAUGGCUAACCCAUUAUAUGUGCAUAUAUGGAAGGUGAACAUGAUAAGAAGGUUGGACAGAAACAACCAGUGGAAGUAGUAGUAGCGAUAGAACUAUUACAGGAUUUGAUUGAAUCACUGAUACCCAGUAGCAGUAGCUCAGAAAGUGAUCCCGAUGGGCAACCUAACCAGGUAAAAUUAAUUAGUCAGGGAAGUAAAUAUACCAGGACAAGGAAGCUGAUUAGCUUGGAGAAACCAAUAGAAGGGGUCCAACUUGAUAUUGACCUCUUGAACUUUGUUGGGGUUGUAAAGGUCUGUGAUCUUCUGAAUGGCAUGCUAAAGUCUCCAACCUUUCUACACAAGCUGAGUAUUUCCCCUUCCAACUCAGAAGAGUUUCCCAAGAGACAAGUAGAUGAGUCCAGUUCGUGGAAUUUGAUCUCAGAAGCUGACUUGCUCAUGGUUGGACCGAAUCAUUUAAAGAAUUGCAUAAACCAGGAAAGUUAUGUAGCAGUCACUUACAAAGAUGUUGAGGAGGGAAUUGCAAGCUAUACUGCUAGCUAUCUUUCAACGUUAAAGGAAAUGAAGGAAAUGACUCCUGAGCAACUUCGAAAAGCUUUGGAGAAAACUUUUUCUGUUCCAAAAAAUAAAGGAAAACUCCAAAAGUUAUGGGAUGGCAGCAAAACAAUUUAUAACACAGUUUCUUGGGCUGCUACAGCUACUGGUCUUUUUUGCAGAAAAUAUAAUAACUCGGCACUGGGAAGAGUAGCUUCUGCAGCCUUAUCAAUACCUUGGCGCAAGAUUACAAAACUUGGGUCAAAGUAGACUCAAAUGAAAGGUCAAUAACACCAUCUAACGAACCAUGAAGAAUUCAGUUUUGGACUUGCUUCCUGUGAAUGUAACUAAGGCAGAGUUUUUUGUUUGUUUGUUUAACCUUCACAUUUUUGCACAUUACUGUGGGUGUAUGAUUCUAUGAAUGAACCAACUGAGAUUUAACCUGGACAUCUUGGUAGUAAGCACCCCACUUACCACUAGUUUACAGAUCGAUGGAAUGGGAAGAAGUAUUGCAUAAAUUCAGAGGUUGUACAAUAUCAUUGCAUUUGAUGUAUUUUUUGUAAGCAUCAACUGAUUAACAUUCUUUUAUAUCAUUUGUUACCUUAAGAAACAUAAUCCACUUUUAUUCACAAUAAGUUUAAUUUUUGUAAACCA